UAGUAUGGCCGGUCAGACAGUUACCGCGUUGCCACCACACAGGACAAAGAUGACCGAUCCCCCAAGAAGAAGAAGGGGGGGGCCACCAAGGAUAUGGACGACCUGAAGAAGGAAGUGCCCAUUACGGAACACAAGAUGUCCGUAGAGGAGGUAUGCAGGAAAUACCAGACAGACAUUGUCCAGGGUCUGACCAAUGCCAAGGCAGCAGAAUACCUUCUCAGGGAUGGCCCUAACGCGCUCACCCCGCCUCCCACAACCCCAGAGUGGGUCAAGUUCUGCCGCCAGCUCUUUGGCGGCUUCUCCAUCCUGCUGUGGACCGGCGCCAUCCUCUGCUUCCUGGCCUACGCCAUCCAGGCCGCCACUGAAGACGACCCCGCGGGAGACAACCUGUACCUAGGUAUUGUGCUCACGGCGGUCGUUGUCAUUACCGGUUGCUUCUCGUAUUUCCAAGAGGCCAAGAGCUCCAAAAUCAUGGAGUCUUUUAAGAACAUGGUGCCUCAGCAAGCGCUGGUGAUCCGAGAGGGAGAGAAGUCACAGAUCAACGCUGAAGAAGUGGUGGCCGGAGAUCUGAUCGAAGUGAAGGGAGGAGACCGGAUCCCCGCCGACGUCCGAGUGGUUUCAGCACAUGGUUGCAAGGUGGAUAACUCCUCCCUAACUGGCGAAUCAGAGCCUCAGAGCAGGUCACCUGACUGUACUCAUGACAACCCCUUGGAGACCCGAAAUGUGGCAUUCUUCUCCACCAACUGUGUGGAAGGCACAGCACGUGGAAUCGUCAUCUGCACCGGAGACCGUACCGUCAUGGGUCGCAUUGCUACUCUGACCUCUGGCCUGGAGACAGGCAAAACACCCAUCGCCAAGGAGAUCGAGCACUUCAUCCACAUCAUCACCGGUGUGGCUGUCUUCCUGGGCGUCAGCUUUUUCGUCCUGGCCCUAAUCUUGGGCUACUCCUGGCUGGAGGCUGUCAUCUUCCUCAUUGGUAUCAUUGUGGCUAAUGUGCCUGAAGGCCUGCUGGCUACUGUCACUGUGUGUCUGACCCUAACUGCCAAGCGUAUGGCAAAAAAGAACUGCUUGGUGAAGAAUUUGGAGGCUGUAGAGACUCUGGGCUCCACCUCCACCAUCUGCUCUGACAAAACAGGCACCCUGACCCAGAACAGGAUGACCGUGGCCCACAUGUGGUUCGACAACCAGAUCCACGAGGCCGACACCACAGAGGACCAAUCUGGUGCCUCGUUCGACAAGAGCUCCGUGACAUGGCAGACUCUGGCCCGUAUCGCCGCUCUGUGCAACCGCGCUCAGUUCAAGGCGGGACAAGACUCGGUGGCCAUCCUCAAACGUGACGUGGCGGGAGACGCCUCGGAGUCGGCCUUGCUUAAGUGCAUCGAGCUGUCCUGCGGCUCGGUCAGGCAGAUGAGGGAAAAGAACAAGAAGGUGGCAGAGAUCCCCUUUAACUCCACCAACAAAUACCAACUCUCAGUGCAUGAAACAGAAGACCUAAAUGACAACCGCUACCUGCUGGUGAUGAAGGGAGCCCCCGAGAGGAUCCUGGACCGCUGCUCCACAAUCAUGGUGCAGGGCAAAGAGCAGCCUAUGGAUGAGGAGUUAAAGGAGGCCUUUCAGAAUGCUUACAUGGAGCUGGGAGGACUUGGAGAGAGAGUAUUGGGCUUUUGCCACCUGAUGCUCCCAGAGGACCAAUACCCAAAAGGCUUUGCCUUCGACACGGAUGACGUCAACUUCCAGACGGACAACCUUUGCUUCAUUGGCCUCAUGUCCAUGAUCGACCCUCCUCGUGCUGCCGUGCCUGACGCUGUUGGCAAAUGUCGCUCUGCUGGUAUCAAGGUCAUCAUGGUCACUGGAGAUCAUCCGAUCACAGCCAAAGCCAUCGCCAAAGGUGUGGGCAUCAUCUCUGAGGGCAACGAGACUGUUGAGGACAUUGCUGCUCGUCUCAACAUCCCCGUCAGCCAAGUCAAUCCCAGGGAUGCCAAGGCCUGUGUGAUCCACGGCACCGACCUGAAGGACCUUUCCCAGGAUCAGAUGGACGACAUCUUGAGGAACCACACUGAAAUUGUCUUCGCCAGGACUUCGCCUCAGCAGAAACUGAUCAUUGUGGAGGGUUGCCAGAGACAGGGUGCCAUUGUGGCUGUGACAGGCGACGGCGUGAACGACUCCCCUGCGCUGAAGAAGGCCGACAUCGGCGUUGCCAUGGGAAUCUCAGGCUCCGACGUGUCCAAGCAAGCUGCGGACAUGAUCUUGCUGGACGACAACUUUGCCUCCAUUGUCACCGGAGUGGAAGAAGGUCGCCUGAUCUUUGAUAACCUGAAGAAGUCCAUCGCCUACACCCUGACCAGCAACAUCCCAGAGAUCACACCCUUCCUCCUGUUCAUCAUCGUCAAUAUUCCCUUGCCGCUGGGCACCAUCACCAUCCUCUGCAUCGAUCUGGGAACUGACAUGGUGCCUGCUAUCUCCCUGGCCUACGAGGCGGCUGAGAGCGACAUCAUGAAGCGUCAGCCUAGGAACCCAUUCAGGGACAAGCUGGUGAACGAGCGCCUCAUCAGCAUUGCUUACGGACAAAUUGGUAUGAUCCAGGCGCUCGGUGGCUUCUUCGCCUACUUUGUCAUCCUGGCCGAAAACGGCUUCCUGCCCUCUCACCUCGUGGGCAUUCGCCUCAACUGGGACGACCGCGCCGUCAACGACUUGGAGGACAGCUACGGCCAACAAUGGACGUACGAGCAGAGGAAGAUCGUGGAGUUCACGUGCCACACCGCCUUCUUCGUCAGUAUUGUGGUGGUGCAGUGGGCCGACGUCAUCGUCUGCAAGACCAGGCGUAACUCUGUGUUCCAGCAGGGCAUGAAGAACAAGAUCUUGAUUUUCGGCCUGUUCGAAGAGACGGCCCUGGCUGCCUUCUUGUCCUACUGCCCAGGCAUGGAUGUGGCCCUCAGAAUGUUCCCCCUAAAACCUUCCUGGUGGUUCUGCGCAUUCCCUUACAGUUUCCUCAUCUUUGUUUAUGAUGAAAUUCGAAAACUCCUCAUCCGCAGGAACCCUGGAGGCUGGGUGGAAAGGGAGACCUACUAUUGAUCGACUUGUUGCUCCCAACCCAUCCCCCCACCACCCCACCCUCCCACCUUUACAUCUCUGAUCCACUUAUAACUUCAGACGCCCCGCCCCUAUCUUUCCCCCGUUAAACACACACACACACACACACACACACACGCACACAAGACAAACACGCUUUGAAGCAAUUUUCAUGAGAACAGCCCCAAAGAUUCCAAACAGCAAAAGCACCUUUACAAGUUUCUACAUCCAAACCCCGCCCCCCUGCCCCGCCCCGCCCAUCCCUCGCCGUCACCUCCUAUGCUAGUCUUUGCAUGUGUUCUUUCACUGCUGUGUACAUAAACCAAUAUAAUAUCUACCAAACGGCAGCUGCAUAUUGUCUACGUAGAGUCCAACGAGCAUGACCGCACGGCGUCUCAAGCUCGGCGAAAAAGGGCCAUCCAGCUCGCUUUUCUCUCAUCACUCCCGCCCGUCCUCACCUUCGCUCGUCCUCUGGCCGCGUGCGGAAAAUAGCGUUCACACUGACUGACUCUCACCUGCGUCCCCUGUCUCGUUGGAGGGACCGGCAGGGCGGCCAUCUUGACUACUUUCCCCCCCCCCCCCUGUUCUCCACAGCCACAGUGUUGUUGUUGUUUUUUUUAAAACACGUGUCAGCUAGGGGAAGUUGUCUUUUUUUUCAUUAGGAUGGGAGGGUGUGGGAACAUAUUGUAUGUGAGGCCUGUCCUUCCCUCCUUCUUCUUCCCUGUUUGUCUCUCGUUUGUGUGCACUGUGUGAAACCCUUGUUGACUAUUACAGUACCACCAUUCCCCUCCAUGACACCCACCCAAACCUUCAAAAAAUGCAACUCCAAUCUUUCUGUGUGCUCUAGGAAAUCUAUAUAAUUCUAUACUGAAUUUAAAAGAAACUAAAUACAAUAAAAAUAAAAAAAAAACAAGAAAAGAAAAUUAUUGUUAUUAUGAUGAUGUGUGACAAGAAAACGCGGGAGCUCUCGUUUUUUUUUUUAAUGUUUGGUUUCAGUUAUUUUGGCCCGUUUGUUUUUUCCGACAACGAAAAAAAAAAAGGUUCACAGUAGGUGUGCUGUCAUGUGUGGGGAUGAUGAGGGUGAGCAAGUGUGUGUGUGUGUGUGUGUGUGUGUGCGCGUGCGUGUGUGUGUGUGUGUGUGUGUCUCAGGCUGGCUGCUUUAAUUCAAGUGAAAUAAAUCUACACGACUCGUAAGAAGAACAUGUGUGUCAAAUAAAUGAAACCAACACCAAUAAUAAAAACAUCUAGAAACAUUUAAUACAACCUGAUUCUGCCUGUGUGUCUUUCUGUGU